AUGUCCCCAAACUGGGUUUGUUUGUAAUUGUUACUUGUUUCUUGUUAUUCCAACUAAUUUAUACCAAAAACAUUUCAUUUAAUCAUAUCGGACCUAAUUCCGAGCUCAGAGUUCAACCAGACCAGGAAGUGGAUUCAAGGUGAGAUAUAUACUGUGGUCAAUAAUCUUAUCACAUACGUGUUUUCGCCUAUCUUCUCUGCAAUCUGAAUUUGUUUUGGUUCUCUGAAUCCAUUCUUGGCCUUUAAAACGUCUGAUUUUGGGGACAGUCUCUCAGAUUUUCCAUUGUCGGAAGAAAGGGUAAUGUCAGAGGAAGGGGACCUCUUCCGACAUUACUCUUUCCCCUCUAAGGGAGUAACCUUUUGUAUGAAGGAAGAUGCUUUCGUUCAAAGAGCAGAUGUGUCCUUUUAGGGCACCUCCCAAUGUUCACGUGAAAUCUUUAUACCUAAAAUCAUAAAAGUUUCGAAAGCCGACUGAUAAGGGCGGGAAUUAAUCUUGGCCCUAUCUCUGGGAGAAUAUCAAGGUCAAUGUUUAUUACUUUCAGUGAUUCGAGUGUUAUUUUUGCAGUUUGGAGAUCAGUUCGAGGUUAUCUUUUUCUAGGGACAUUUCAUUUUGAGAAUUCUUAAAUCAGAGAUCAUUUUUUGCGCAUCCUCUGUCCAAAGAUCCUAAUGUCAGUGUCCUUUGUGUGAAUUGGCAAGCCAUUAGGUCUCUCUCUUUAUUUUUUGGUUAUAUCCGUGAGAUUUUAGAGUUGACAAAAAGAUUUCAAAAAAGUUUUCUCAUUACAGUAUAUAAAGACGGGUAAAGGAAGGAGCAAGUUGUUUGCAGUAUAUUGUGGGUUCGUCAGACGUCCUUGUUGUGAUUUCACCGAUAAUUUUAAUCAAAAUAUUUAUUGUCCGUUACCGCGAGCCCCCAAAUUGAUGAGAUUUUUUGGAAACGAGCGCGAAACGGAAUUAAUGAUAAGAAAAAAAGAAAGAUGCGUGUCUGGCUACUUAUUAUCACAGAACGUUCUUUUUUUGGGGUUGCAUUCAGAGUUCUAGAUAUUUUAGGUAUUAACCGUGAGGAUUUAAUUAGUUACGUAAUCCGCUUUAAUCCCAGUAAUCUUAUGGAUCUUCAGAACGCUUGAAACAUUGUAAAAAUAAAAGAAGGUAUAAUUUUACCGCUCGCACCUAGAUGUUUACAUAUUUAUUGUGUAAUCACGAACUCUGAGAAAAAAUCGCCCAUGGUUAUGGACGUAGAUAAGAUAACGAGUGCGUUCCCCGAUCCGGGGUCAUUCCGUUUUGUCUAUGAAAGGCCAUUAACAUUAUCAGAAAGACCUUGAUUUGUUUUUGUGAUUAACUUGUUGUGCCUAGUACAAUAUCGAAUAAACUCAAUCUCUUCCAGGAACUUCUGGGUCUAACGAAACUAAAUCUCUUGAUGGUGCAUACCGACUUCGACAUGAUGAAUGCCCGUCUGAUCCUCGAGGACGGCUCCAUCUUCACCGGUCAUUCUUUCGGAGCCACCCAAUCAGCCCGAGGGGAGCUGGUUUUCCAGACUGGAAUGGUCGGAUAUAUCGAAUCCCUCUCCGAUCCCUCAUAUGCCAGACAAUUUCUGACCCUGACAUAUCCCUUGAUUGGUAAUUAUGGAGUCCCUGACAUCACUUUGAAGGACUCUUUGGGACUUCCCAAGGGAUUUGAGAGCAGUAAAAUAUGGCCAGCGGCUCUGAUUGUGGAUAGGAUCUGCCCGGACAACGAACAUUCUCAUUAUCAAGCUGUCAGAAGUCUGAGCGACUGGCUGAGAGAGAAUGGAGUCCCCGGAUUAUCUGGAAUUGAUGUCCGAGAAUUGACGAAAAAGGUCCGCGAAAAGGGAUCCAUGAAGGCAAAAUUGAUUAUUGAGACCGAUGAUGAACACAAGUUACAAUUUAUUGACAUUAACAAGGACAAUCUGGUCGCCGAGGUGUCUCGAAAAGUAUGCAACUUUUUAUUUAACGUGAUUUGGAACUCAAAAUGUACAAGAAUGUUGUUUUAGGUACCUGAAACAUUCGGAAGUGGCUCUUUGAAAGUUUUGGCGGUUGAUUGUGGCCUCAAGAACAACCAGAUCAGAUGUCUGGCCAAUCGGAAUUGCACUGUUCAAGUGGUACCUUACAAUUAUCCUAUCCAUGAGAAUAUCGGUAUGCUUUUUCUUGUAUUGUAGUUUUUGUAAAGUAAAAUCACGGUCACGAAAUAUAAUUUUAGAUAACUUUGACGCUUUGUUUUUGUCCAAUGGUCCCGGUGAUCCAUCAAUGUGUUCAGAAGUCAUCCAGAAUCUGUCCAAAAUUAUCCAAACCCCGAAUCCGAAGCCAGUCUUCGGUAUCUGUUUGGGUCACCAAUUGUUGGCCAAGGCUGCUGGAGCCAAAACUUAUAAGUUGGUUUACGGAAACCGAGGACAUAACCAGCCUUGUGUUCACGCUGACACCAACAGAUGUUACAUUACAUCGCAGAAUCAUGGCUUUGCCGUCGAUGAAACGAGUUUGGAUCCGAAGGAAUGGAUGGCCCUGUUUACGAAUGCCAAUGACAAAACCAACGAAGGAAUAGUUCAUCUGGACAAGCCGUUUUUCAGGUAUUUUAUUAUUAAACUUUAAUAUUAACUUAUACCUAAAAUGUGAUAUUAUUUAAUUUAGUGUUCAAUUCCAUCCUGAGCAUGCCGCCGGACCCACAGACAUGGAGAUUCUCUUUGAUGUCUUCGUAUCGACCGCCCAGUCCUUCAAGGAUGGAAAGAAGAUCAAUGUCCGUCAAGCAAUCAAGGAGAAAUUGCAGUAUGACUCCAAUUACGAUCCCGGCCGUCAACAAAAGAUCUUGGUCCUGGGAUCUGGAGGUCUUUCCAUCGGCCAAGCUGGUGAAUUCGAUUAUUCUGGAGCCCAGGCAAUUAAAGCAUUGAAGGAAGAAGGGAUUCGGACUGUCCUGGUCAACCCAAAUGUGGCUACUGUCCAAACUUCGAAGGGAUUCGCCGACCGGACUUACUUUGACCCCAUCAAUAAAGAAUAUGUGACUGAUAUCAUCAAGAAAGAACGUCCAACUGGUCUCUUUUGCACUUUCGGUGGACAGACCGCGUUGAAUUGCGCCGUAGAUCUCUACAGAGAAGGAAUUCUGGACAAGUAUAAUGUAAAAGUUUUGGGUACAAGAAUCCAGACGAUCAUUGAUACUGAAGAUCGGGAGAUAUUCAAUCAGAAUGUGGAAAGCAUCGGAGAGAAGGUGGCGCCGAGUCAAGCUGCUACAAGUGUGGAGGGAGCGAUCAAAGCGGCCGAUGAGGCAAGAGUUAAAAAAAAAUUAUCGAGAACUAAAAUGUUUUUAGAUUGGAUAUCCAGUCCUUGUACGAGCUGCCUUUGCUCUCGGUGGCCUUGGCUCGGGCUUUGCCAACAACAAGGAGGAGUUGAUCAAGAUCACCAAACAGGCGUUGGCCCAUUCCAAUCAAGUUUUGGUCGAUAAAUCCCUGAAAGGAUGGAAGGAAGUGGAAUACGAAGUUGUCCGAGAUGCCUUCGACAAUUGUGUGACUGUCUGUAAUAUGGAGAACGUGGAUCCACUCGGAAUUCAUACUGGUGAGUCUGUGGUUGUCGCUCCAAGUCAAACGCUGACUGAUGAGGAAUACAAUCGACUCCGACAGACGGCCAUCAAGGUGAUCAGACAUUUUGGAAUCAUCGGUGAAUGUAAUAUACAGUAUGCCCUCAACCCAAAAAGCCUUGAGGUAAGAUUUUUGAGAGUUAUGUACAGUAUCUUUUUUUUUAAAUAUUUAAGAAACGGUAUUCUUUUAGUAUUACAUCAUCGAAGUGAAUGCCCGUCUCUCCAGAUCCUCGGCACUCGCUUCCAAAGCCACUGGCUACCCCUUGGCCUACAUUGCAGCCAAACUUGCCUUGGGAAAAUCUCUUCCCGAGCUCAGAAACAGUGUAACUGGAGAUACCACCGCCUGUUUCGAGCCCUCGCUUGAUUACUGUGUGGUCAAAAUUCCCAGAUGGGAUCUCUCCAAGUUUGCCCGAGUCUCCACCACCAUCGGAUCAUCAAUGAAAUCAGUUGGUGAAGUCAUGGGAAUUGGUCGGAGCUUCGAAGAGGCCUUCCAAAAGGCCCUCAGGAUGGUGAAUGACAAUUAUUCUGGGUUUUCCCCGUUUUAUUGGAAGUCCGGGAACACUUCGGAAUCCGACUUCACCAAUCCCACCGACAAAAGAAUGUUGGCCUUGGCCCGGGCGCUGUUCACCGAUGAUAUUAUGGAGGACUAUGAGGGAGAUCUGAACACUGUACAUCGAUUACAUCAGCUGACUGACAUUGAUCUUUGGUUCUUGAACCGGAUGAACCAUAUUAUUGAUAUCUACAAACAACUGAAGGAACUCGGCUCUUUCGAAGAGAACCAUGCUGUAGAUCUGAUCUGGGAAGCCAAGAAAUGUGGAUUCAGUGAUGCUCAGAUUGAAGAAGCGGUCGAAGGAUGUGCCAAGGGAAGAGUUCGCAAAUUCCGAAAGGAAAACAACAUCCUUCCAUGUGUGAAACAAAUCGAUACGGUAGCUGGGGAAUGGCCGGCGGCUACAAAUUACUUGUACUUGACUUACAAUGGAAACGAAUCUGAUGUGGGCUUUGUACAGAAUAAGGUGAGAAAGGCAGCAAAUGCCGUUUAGAACUAGGGUUGACUUGUCUUUUUCAUCAAGAGACACUAAAAUUAUAUUACUUUAGACAUCAGAUGUCAAGAAUGUUCUUGUUCUUGGCAGUGGAGUCUAUCGGAUUGGAUCUUCGGUUGAAUUCGACGCUUGUUGUGUUGGGUGUGUGUCCGAGUUGAAGAGAAUGGGUCACAAAACCAUCAUGGUGAACUGUAAUCCCGAGACUGUCUCCACUGAUUAUGAUAUCUGCGAUCGUCUUUACUUUGAAGAACUCUCGGUGGAAGUAAGUAUAAGUCUAAACGAAUUUAACGUCGUUUCAGUCUGUCUCCGAUAUCUACGAAUUCGAACAACCCUCAGGCAUUAUUCUCGCAUUUGGUGGCCAAGCUGGGAAUAAUAUUGCCAAGACUCUGACCUCGGCCCAAUUGAAUGUCAAGGUCACGGUUUUUGGAACCAAUCCCAUCCACAUCGAUGAAGCCGAAGAUCGUUUUAAGUUUAGCCGAGCUCUCGAACAAACCAAUAUCAAACAACCCCAAUGGCAGAAUGCGACCACUAUUGAUGCCGCCAAAAAGUUCUGCAAUGAAGUUGGGUACCCAUGUCUGAUCCGCCCUUCGUAUGUUCUGAGUGGGGCUGCAAUGAAUGUCGCUCACAAUGAGAACGACCUCGUCCAUUUCUUGAACCAGGCCACUGUCGUGGCCAAAGAUAAUCCCGUGGUGGUCUCUAAAUUCAUCUCGGAUUCCAAGGAGAUUGAUGUCGAUGCAGUGGCCAUUGAUGGAUAUGUGAUCGCAAUGGCCAUCUCCGAACACGUAGAGAAUGCCGGCAUCCAUUCUGGAGACGCCACACUAGUUACCCCUCCUCAAGAUCUAAAUGAUCAGACUCAAAAAAGAAUCCGGCAGAUUGUUUAUCAGAUUGGAAGACGAUUCAAAGUAACUGGACCCUUCAACAUGCAGUUAAUCGCUAAGGCAAGUACUACUUUUUAGUGGGCAGGCUAGUUCACUAUUCUUUAUGAGAAUGUUUUUAUUUCAGAAUGACGAACUUUUUGUGAUUGAAUGUAAUCUCCGAGUCUCCCGAUCCUUCCCAUUUGUCUCCAAAACCCUCGACUUUGACUUUGUUGGCCUCGCCACUCGAGCCAUGAUGUACAAUGGGACUCCUAAGGGCAUCCAACUCCGAGAAACCACCAACACCAAGAUCUCGUCCAAGAAGGUGGGGGUGAAGGUCCCCCAAUUCUCAUUCUCCCGUCUGGCUGGUGCUGAUGUUGUAAUGGGAGUGGAGAUGGUAUCGACUGGAGAGGUGGCUUGCUUCGGCAAGGAUAGGUACGAGGCGUAUCUGAAGGGACUUCUCAGCACUGGAUUCGUGGUCCCGCAGAAGACCAUCUUCUUGUCCAUUGGGGGUGUUUAUGCCAAACAAGAGAUGCUGCCGAGUGUCCGACUUCUGCAUGAAAUGGGAUAUGAGAUCUAUGCCUCGAAGGGAACCGCUGAAUUCUAUGAAUCCAAUGGAAUCAAGGUAAAAUAAUUCGAAGUGUUUGAAGGGAAUUGGUUUAGAUAAGUGCGGUCGAAUGGCCAUUCGAAGAGGGCGCCGGAAAUGCGGCCACGAACACAGACAAGUCAUCAGGCGCGGAAAGGAAUAUUGCUGAUUUUAUGGCCAACAAAGACUUUGAUUUGAUGAUCAAUCUCCCCAUCAGAGGAAGCGGGGCCUACAGGAUCUCGGCCUACAGAACGGAUGGGUACAAGACAAGGAGAAUGGCCAUCGACAAUGGAAUCCCUCUUGUUACUGAUAUCAAGUGCGCCAAGCUUUACAUUGAGGCGAUCAGAAGAAUGCACAAAACAAGGCCCGCGAUGAAUACGGUGGUCGAUUGCAUCUCCAGUGAUGUAAUACGACGAUUGCCAGGUCUGGUGGAUGUCCAUGUUCAUGUCAGAGAUCCCGGACAAACUCAUAAGGAAACUUGGGAAACCUGUACUAGAGCUGCGGUGGCCGGAGGAAUCACCACAAUCUUGGCCAUGCCCAACAUUCAACCUCCUUUGGUCGAUGCGGAGAGUUUUGAUAAGGUAAGUUGUUUGUCGGAUUGCUGUAAUACCGUUUGCUUUAGGUGGAAUUGAUUGCCUCAAACUCAGCGCUCUGUGAUUACGGCCUUUAUCUCGGGGCUACCCCAGAAAACAAGGAUUGGGAUCCCGAAGUGGCCAAGCUCUCGGCCGGUCUCAAGAUGUAUCUCAACGAAACUUUUGCCACUCUCAAGAUGCCCAACUUCCUGGAUUGGGUGGAUCAUCUGAAGUCAUUCCCCAGGGAUCGUCCCGUUGUUUGCCAUGCCGAGAAACAGACACUGGCUGCUGUCCUCACAGCUGCUCAGAUGGCCCAACGAUCAGUCCACAUAUGUCAUGUAUCUAAUGCCGAAGAGAUGAGUAUCAUCAAGGCCGCCAAGCAGAGAGGAUGGGAAGUGACCUGCGAAGUCUGUCCCCAUCAUUUAUUCCUCACACAAUCUGAUCUCGGAGAAGGUUGGAAAGAGGUCAGACCGAGGCUUUCUCAGUCACAGAAGGAUGUUGACGCCCUCUGGGAAAAUCUGGAAUACAUUGAUUGCUUCGCCACCGACCAUGCUCCCCAUACUCGCGAAGAGAAAUCGAAAGGACCAGACGCCCCUCCCGGCUUCCCAGGUAUCGAAUACAUGCUUCCUCUUCUGUUAACAGCUGUCAAUGAGGGAAAACUGACCAUCGAUGACCUGAUACUUAGACUCCACACCAAUCCCCACAAGAUCUUCAAUAUCCCCGAACAACCAAACACUUAUGUUGAAGUAGACCUGGAGCAUCGAUGGGUAAUCCCUGAGAAUGGAGGAGAAUCCAAGGCCCAAUGGACUCCGUUUGCUGGCAGGAAAGUAAUCGGCAGAGUAAGGACAGUAGUCAUCCGCGGGGAGACCGUCUUUGUUGAUGGAAACUUUGUGGUCAAACCUGGAUUCGGGCAAAACAUCAGAUUGGCUAUUCCAACUCAAGCAUCAAAUGAGGUCAGUGAGACGGAAGUGGUCCAGUUGGGAAGAGAUUCUCGAGAUGUGUCGCCUCUUGAUUCUACUCCAAGAUCCCUUUCUCCACAUCGAGGGUUGGCCAUGAAGGACAAUAAACUGUUUGGAAAAUCGCUGUUGAAUGUAGAACAACUGGACAAAUUGACCGUGAACCAGAUUUGUGAUGUCGCUGCCCGAUUCCGCGAUGAAUUGGCGGAAGGAAGAGGGGUCAGAAGUGUGAGUGGUUGUUUUAUCUUCACUUAUUUACUCAUUCAAUUACUAAUAACAUAACUUCAGUUACUAAAACAACACAUAGUGAUGAACAUGUUCUACGAGAACUCGACCCGCACCAAGUACUCCUUUGACGCCGCUGCCCAACGACUUGGAGCCGCUUCAAAAUUCUUUGAUGAAGCCAGUUCAUCCACAGCCAAAGGAGAGACUCUGGAAGAUACAAUGCAGAUGAUGUCGUCGUAUUACGAUCUCCUGGUCAUCAGACAUCCCGAAAAAGACGCUGUGAAGAGAGCUGCAGCUGCCUCGAAGAUCCCAGUCAUCAAUGCCGGUGAUGGAACGGGAGAACAUCCGACUCAAGCACUUCUGGAUGUGUUCACCAUCAGAGAUGAACUCUCUUCAGUAAACGGAUUAACCAUCGCUUUGGUGGGAGAUCUCAAGAAUGGAAGAACUGUCCAUUCCUUGGCUAAAUUGCUCUGUCUCUACAAGGACAUCACUUUGCAUUAUGUUAGUCCAACAAAAGAUCUGGGAAUGCCCGAAGAAAUCAAACAAUUCGUGGCAUCGAGGAGCACUUUCAUUCAACGAGAAUUCACAGAUUUACAACGAGGAAUCGAUGGCGUUGACCUGAUUUAUAUGACCAGGAUUCAGAAGGAGAGAUUCUCAUCUGUCGAGGAGUAUAACAGCGUCAAGGGAAGCUUCAUUCUCACUCCUAAAGUCCUCAAUGCCGCUUCUAAACCUGACACAAGUCUGGAAGCAUCUACUUUAUGUAAGUAGUCUUAUCAUGACUUAUAUUAUCAAUUAUUUUACACUCUGUUUCAAAAUGAUAGGAACCCCUAUAAAAGUGAACCCCGACACCGUAGUUACAGAUUUUAUAGGGCUUUCUAUUAUUUUGAAACAGAGCGUAUUUGCACUACUUAUUUUCAAAUAUUUUAGUGUCGCACCGUCAACGACCAAUUGUGAUGCAUCCCCUACCUAGAGUCGACGAGAUCAGCAAAGAAUUGGACACCGACCACCGCUCGGCCUACUUCAGACAAGCCACUAAUGGAGUCUAUGUCCGCAUGGCCAUAUUAUCUAUGGUCCUUGGGGCUGAUGAGUACACACAAUGA